AUGAAGCUUCUAAGAUUCACCUCCAAAUUCCUUUCAAUUGCUUUGGUUUCACAAGAAGCAGCUUUUCCUCCUGGAUCAAGCAGUGGGGUGAAGAAUGUGUCUGAAUCUGAGGGUAAAGCCAUCGAGGUGACUGGCGAGCCCAGUUUCAGUUCUUCAGAGACAAUGACCUGCACAAUAACAAAGAGAAAGGGCCAAUUGGAACUUUGGAACCGUGUGGUCACUCCUUUCAUCGUGCAUGUGCAGAUAACUGGCUUCGAACCAAAGGACCCAACCAUUUAUCAUGUCAAUCCACAAGAAAGCCCAUCAUUUGAAAUUGAAUCACCCAACAACGAUUUGAUAUUUUUCAGCAUUCAGAUUUACAAAGCAUGCUUGAGAUAA